UGAUCGAUCACUACCCAGCCGAGCCGAGCAGAGAGCAGUCAGCCCGUCGUGUCUCUACCCGAGGCCGGAUGGUAAAAUCCAACCUCCAGCGGAUCCUAAACAGUCAUUGCUUUGCUCGCGAGAAAGAGGGAAAACAGCAGUAUCUUACUACCAUGGCGGACUUGAGUAAUGGUAUCUGUGACAUGAUUGGGAACUUGUCCCUGCACUGUAGUAGUACCCGCGGCCCGGGGCCUCUGUGGUGCUCCGAUGCCCCUCUCCCACCCCUGAAGAUCCCAGGUGGGCGAGGGAAUGGCACACGGGAUCACACUCCUUCAGCUCGGCCGCUCUACUCAGACCGAAAGUUGACUGUAACAGAGGAGCCAGCGGGGAAUGGUCGCCCCAGGAUACUCCACUUCCAAAGUCGUCCCACCGUUACCAAGACGAUACAGUGGGAUGCUGUCCUGAGCAGCAGCGCACUCUAUGUGGAGAUACCUCUUGACCCUCUCCCUGAAGGCAGCAAGGAGAGUUUUGCAGCGCUUUUGGAGUAUGCUGAAGAACAUCUGAAAGUCGUUAGCGUGAUUGUCUGCUUUUAUAAGAACAGAGAAGAUCGCGCUAAACUGGUGCGUACGUUCAGUUUCCUGGGCUUUGAGAUUGUGAAACCGGGCCAUGCCCUCGUCCCGCCUCGACCCGACGUUUUCUUCAUGGCUUACAAUUUUGACAGGGACUCCUCGGAUGAGGAGUAGCCCUCUGGACAGCCCCUUCACCCCUGCUUACUUCUCCUUCUCUUCCCAUUGUAUGUUUGUCCAUCCCGUCCCAGCUUACUCAUAUACACCACCGUCUGUGUUAAACCAUCGGCGGUAGCUCUCUGUAUGCAACUAUUCAUUUUCCCGUGCUUUUUGUGUUCAAGGGAAUAUGUAAGAUGUGCGCCUCCUGUUUCCACCAGCUAUCUUUGUAUGUUAUUAUACCGUAUUCAUUGAAGACUAAUUGGUGUUGUCACCCAAGAGAGGAGGGGAUAUUUCUGUUUUGGACUUAAAAUCAUAUUGCAGUUCAAUAGCUAAAAGUUCUGGUAUAAUUUCCAUUUCUUGUCUGUUUUUAUUGAUAUUUCCUUUUAUGAUAGAAAAAGGUGGAGGUUUGUUUUUUAAUUUCUUGAAUGUACAACAAAAAGGUCAUCAGGUUUACACUCGGGUACUCCAGCUUUCUUUUGAUUAGCUAAAAAAUUUAAAUUUGCCCCAUAUAUUCUUUCUCUGAAUUUCUCUUAAAUGAAUUAAAUACAUUUCAGCUGGAACAGUUUUUUUUUUUUUUUUUUUAGAACUAAUAUCCUCUUUAGCAAUAGGAUUUUAAACGUUUCUUAAGACUGACAGCCCCAAUAAUUGGUACUUCAUAGUUGAAUAGUGAAACCAUUUAAACUAGUGGAGUGAAGAUGAAUGCUGUUGCAUGUGUCUGAUGUAGGCGCUUCAGUUUCAAGUUAAGAUCCUACAAUGAGUGAAUUUGUACAGAGCGAAAAGAAAGCAAAUAAUCCAAAGUGCUUUUGCUUCUGCCAUGUAUAUCUGACAAUAUUGUAUUUUGUUUUGGAGGUUGAAAAAAAAAAUGCUGUGAUGUUAUGAUUGGAUUGUUGAUUGAUUAGCAUUCCUUUUAACUUUUUUUCAUGAUAGUAUUGAGUUUGUUGUUCACCUGCAUAGUGGUACCUGUUGUGCUUCUGUGAUAAUAAAACGGACAAAAAACAA